AACCCAAAUAAGCUAAGGAGAGCUCCAAAUUACCCAAAUCAGCCAAAUCAAAAAUCCAUACCUGAAUCCACCAGGACGAAUUAUUAUAUAAUUCGAAUCAAUAAGAUUCGAAUUAUACUCUCAAGUAAUUCGAAUUGAUAUAACUCGAAUUAUAUGCAUGCAACAAAUAAAAGUAAUUCGAAUUGAUAUGAAUCGAAUUAUACACAUGCAAAAAUAUGAAGUAAUUCGAAACAAGUCGUUUCGAAUUAUACUUACCUAAUUCGAAUUUUGUUAAUUCGAAUUACUAGGAGAAGUGCACUUUAGAGAAGUUCGAAUCUAGUUGAUUCGAAUUAGGUGAAAAUUGAUUUGCAUAGUAAUUCGAAUUUAGUUGAUUCGAAUUACAAGGGUUUCGGCUAUAAAAGGAGUUCGAACCAAGUUCAUUCGAAUCACUUUCUCAUUCUCCAACCCCACCAAAUCCCAGAGAAAAAGACCAACGUUCAGUACGAGUAAGACCAGAGCGGCUUUUUUUGUCGAUGGGGGACGAUCCGGGAAGGCUUUAUCGUUUGGAUGGAGUUGCUCAUAUCGCCGGUGUGAUCAACGACGAGCCUCGUCGUUGCAUAUCCAGCGUUAGGCGGCAGCAGGGGAUGCGUCUUGAUGAGAGGUACGUUCCGUACUUGCAGAUGGCCGGAUUGUACCAUCUUGCGAGACUGAACGACAGAUGGUUCCAACUAGACGAGCCCCUAGUCAGCGCAUUUGUCGAGAGGUGGCGGCCUGAGACGCACACCUUCCACAUACCGUUCGGAGAGUGCACCAUCACGCUUCAGGACGUCGCAUACCAGCUGGGGUUGCCAGUCGACGGAGAUUACGUUAGUGGUUGCCUGACAGACUUCCACCUUUACAUUGAGGGUGGGAGACCUGCUUGGCAGUGGUUCCAUGAGUUGCUCGGUGUUUUACCUCCCGAGAACCAGGUGCAGAAAUUCGCAGUCAACUGCACCUGGUUUCAGGAGACAUUUGCAGAGUGUCCAGACGGGGCUGAUGAGGAGACAGUUAGGCGCUUUGCCCGGGCCUAUAUCAUGAUGUUAUUGGGCACGCAGCUGUUUGCCGACAAGUCCGGCAAUCGUAUACACAUCAAAUGGCUACCUUAUGUUGCUCGGCUUGAGGAGAUGGGUCGCUACAGUUGGGGGUCGGCCGCACUAGCAUGGUUGUACAGGUGCAUGUGCCGAGUCGCCAACAGACAUGUGGUGAAGUUAGCUGGCCCUUUACAGUUACUACAGUCUUGGAUCUUCUGGAGGUUUCCCACUCUUAGACCAUCUGGGUAUGAUGAGAUUAGCUGGCCACUUGCCUCGAGAUGGUCUGGUUACAAUCCUGGGAUUAGCAACAAGGGACCUCGGGUACAGAUGGCUCGCCUGAAGAUCGACUUGUUACAGCCUCGGCAGUUCAUAUGGAUGCCCUAUAGCGCACUCGACGUCAUCCAGGUUGUCCAUCCGGAGGUCUUGGAGCCUCGGCAUACGAUGUUAUGGCGGUGCAGGACGUCCCUGAUUUAUUUUGCGGUUGUCGAGUGGCAUCAGGUUGAUAGAGUUUUACCUCAGUUUGGCGGCGUUCAGCCCACACCGUCUCCCGCUGUGAACAUCGACUUCUUGAUGUCGAAGGACGGGAGAGGAGGUGACCGUUGGUUCCCGGUACAGUACGCUGAUUGGCAUCUUCACUGGCAGGAGCGUGCGGAGCACGUUCUACAGUUUGACAUCGUGCCCGACCCGGUCCGUCACAUGAUUUCUUGA